CCAGGUGCCGGGUGGCGGGGGUCUACGGCCAGGCACCCAAACGUCCCGCUAUCUCCUCUGGCCUCUUGCAUAAAAGGAGAACCACUGCAUGCAUCCUAGGGAUCCUGGCAAAAGGAGGCAGCAAACCCCUUGCAAACAGAGUCCGAGGACCGCCAUGAUGCCUGGCGUGGCUCUUCUCACAGCAUUCCUGUUGGCCUUCUCAGCCUCCCAGGCCGGUCCUCUGCUGAGCAGCUCCGGAGACGAUGCCCGCCAAUUGACUCGCGACAAGGAUGCUGCAGAAGAAGCCCAGCGGCUCAAAUUGGGGCAAAGGACACCAAACCUGAAGGAUCGCCUCCAGGAUGGCGAUGGCCACCCCAUGUCCUAUCUUCUGGAGAAGCUGUCUACGUUGACCGGUGGCCUGCAGCCCUUGUCCUAUCAAGACGCGAGGAGCCUUCGGGAGCUGAUCGGGAGGGAGAUGGAGGGCCUCCACACAAAGAUCUCUCCUUACCUGGGUGAAGAGGGCCAGCAGGUUGGACAGGCCUUGGAUGACGUACGCUGCUGCUUGGUGCCUGUCGCGGAGGAAGUGAUGAACCAGGUCUCACUCCUCGCAGAGGAGCUCAACCAGCAGCUCGGGCUGUCGAGUCCCUCCCUUGACGGUGUGGAUGUUGUGGCUCAGCAAGUGGCAAAGGAUUUUUCUGACAUGUCUGAGGAUGAGGGGUUUCAAAGUGAUGGGUCUGUCAAUGGACGAAGAGACACAGGCAGUUGAGGCUGAUGUUUUGCAUUCCUGUGAUCAUUCAAGUGAAACCCAUUCUCUUGGGAAACUGCCUUCAGCCAAUGGGGAGUUUUCCCGAGAAGCCAGAUUAGAUUUGAGAACGAAGGGAGUGAAAAAUAGACUAAUUAGACAUUCUGAGAGAAUCCGUGAGAAGACC